AUGACUCACUCUCUGAGCUGGCGAGCCCUCGUGGCUAUCACCCUGACGGUUUCAGCUUCUGCAUAUCCCCAUCAAACAUACCCAAACCUCGUCCCACGUGCCGGAUGUCCCAUCCCUGAUAUCUGCACCUGGGGAAGUUGCACCAACACCACUAUUGGUCUUGAUCCUCGAAACUGUGGAAAGUUCGGUAACUCCUGUGAGCCCUCAGAGAUCUGCGUUGCCGGUCUGUGUCUCCCGCUUGAGCUCGGUACAGAUGACUGUCCUACCGCAUGCAAGCCUGGUCAACUGUGCACCAACGGCGAAUGUGUCUCCAUUGAGAUCGCAGUCGAUCCUAUCCACUGUGGAGUAGAGUCCUGUGAUGCUUCAUCUCUUUGUAUCAACCAACAAUGCCAAAAGCUCGAUAUCGGCUCGGAUCCCGCAUCCUGCGGCCCUUCCAAUAGUAAAUGCGAUGUUGGAAGCUGGUGUCUCUAUGAUACCUGCGUUCCCUUUAUCCUCGGUACCGACGUUCAAGCCUGCGAUGAGAGAACUUCAUGCUCUCUCGGUACAUCUUGCCAGGACGGAUACUGUCGACAGAUAUUCCUUUCCACCGACAUAAACAACUGCGGAGAAGAUUCCCAGGCCUGCACUGCUGGGCAAGUGUGUGUGUCUGGGCAAUGCCAGUCCCUUGACGACGAAAACGCAGACCAGAACUGCGAUACACCCUGCGAGCCUGGCUCAUGGUGCCUCGGUGGUGAAUGCGUACCGAUUAGUAUCUCUACAGAUACUUCUCAGUGCGGCAGUAGCGCCGAACCAUGUGACAAGGGACAAGUCUGCGUCUCUGGGCAGUGCAUUAGCGACGUGGUUCACAAGGAAAGCAUCCCUAGAGCAGCUUGUAGUCCUUCUACACGUCUAGGAGGAUUUGUCUUCGGGCCAGGGGGAUCUACAGAUCAGAACAACAAUGAAGGCGGUCGGGAAGGUUCUCCCAACGACGCCACUUCGGGGCAGGGCGGAAAUCAACAAGGAGGAGACUCUACCUCGAACAGCAACGGUUCUGGCAGCUCUCCUGGUGACGCUUCAGGUGGAGGUGGUCAAAAUCAAGGUGGCCAGAACCAAGGUGGCCAGAACCAAGGUGGCCAAGGCGGUUACCCGGGCGGCUUCCCAGGCUCACGUCCUGGUUCCAGCUCUGGCUCUGGUAACAACCAGGGUGGCCCCAACAACAUUGGCCCUGGCCGUCCAGGCCCAGGCGAGGAUGGUAACGGAUUUCCAUCUUCUGCAUGCGAGCCAGAGUGCGCAUCAAACUUCAUCUGUGUUAGCGGAGAAUGCCUUUCGGUUUCGGACCCCUUAUCCUGCGGACCAUCCAGCACCCUUAACCGGCUCUUCCAUCGCCAGAACGAUGUUUGUCCACCAGGCUACGCCUGCAUCGACGACCGCUGUGUGCGGGUAGAUGGGCCUAUUAGCUGCGGUGGCUCUAUCUGCCCUGCCAACUAUGCCUGCAUCCAGGAAUCGUGUGUCCCUCUUGGAGAUCCCACCGACUGCGGUGGUGAGACGUGUGCCAGUGAUGAGAUCUGCUUGGGUAACACAUGUGUAUCAAACCCAGCACUGGCCAGCUGUGUUGAUGUCGUUUGCCCUCCCGGACAGGUAUGCCAGAACGGAGACUGUGUUGUCAUUGGCUCUCCUGGUGCAAAUGGCAAUCCUCAGGGUAAUGGUGGUAGACCAGGCGGUGAUGGUGGUUCAUCCGGCGGAGGCUCUGGUAAUGGCGGCUCCAAUGGAGGUAACGGUGGAGGUAACAGCGGAUCCGGUGGUGGUUCCAACGGCAACAAUGGAGGUUCCAAUGGGGGAGGCAACGGUGCCUCUCCUGGCGAUGGCUCAGGCAAUGGAGGCAACGGAAAUGGAGGCAACGGAAACGGAGGCUCCGGUGGCGGUGGUAAUGGCAAUGGAAGCUCCGGUACUGGCGGUAGUGGCACUGGAGGCACAGGUGGUGGCUCCAACGGCGGAUCACCAGGCGGCAAUGGUGGUUCUCCUGGAGGUGGCUCUGGUAACGGGCCAGACAGCGGCAACCCGGAAGGAAACGGUGGCCGGCCUGGCCCUGAUCUUGGUGGUGAUGGCUCUUCUACUGGCAACGGUGGUGGAGAUGGUGGCGCAGCUGUAACUUCACCACCCGCAGGUACUGCUACCCGCUCGGGAGCUGGAAAUCUUCCAGUUUCGACAGCAUCCAGUGCUGAUGCCAGCGAUGACGCCCCGAUUGUCAACCCUGGCCCCGGUACGACUGGUACCGAUGGGCUCUCAGCUUCAACCACUAGCAUUCGAGGUCGUCCCGAUGGCAAUGGUGGCUCGACUGGCUCAGGUGAUGGUGGCGGCGAUUCUCCUACCGAGACUGACGCUGCUACGUCUGAUGCAGGACCUAUCGUCGGCCCUGGAUCUGACUCGACAGGCCUUUCGGGUGCCAGCACGAGAGUGACGGGUGGUGCAGAAGGUGGCGGAGGCUCUGAGAUCACGCUCAGCGGAUCUGCUUUACCCACUGACACUGGCGGGGAGUCUCCUACCGACGGCGGUAGCUCGGCAGCUGGAGGUGCUGGUACCGAUACGACAGACAUUGCCAACCCUGGUGCGCCUACCACUGACGGAAGUGGUAUUUCAGCCUCUGAGACUGGUGCCACUCGUACCGGUGUUGAUGGACAGACAGAGACAGCCUCCACUACUCAAGACGCAACUGCAGAGCCAACUGAAACGACACCAUGCUCCACAGACGAUGAUUGUCUUCUCAAUGUCGCUCUCUGUGUUUUCAACGGCCUCAACAUUUGUACUUGCGUCGAUGGAGUCUGCACGCAGCAGCCCGGAGGUCCAGAAGGAUCAGGUGUCACCGGCUCCGACAUUGGAACUGCAACUACUGGCAACGGAGAGCCGACUGAUAGUGCUGGGUCUACAGUGACUGAUGGUACUGGAGAGACUGCUACUACAACGGGAGACCCAGCGGCCACAUCGACAGUAUCGUGUUCGACAGAUGAUGACUGUCUAGCCAAUGCUGUCUUUUGCUCAGAUGGUUUACUCAAUCUAUGCAUCUGCGUUGACGCCAUUUGUAUUCUCGACCCUGCUUUGGCUUCGACCACUGAUGCCAACAACGGACAGACGACCACCGUCCAGGAUGCUACCACCACCGAUGGAGAAGCAGCCGCUACAUCAUCAGCCGUUGCUUGUGAUACAGACGCUGACUGUUUGGCUGACCUCGGCCUCUGUGUCGACGGUUUGGUUAACCUUUGUAUCUGUGUAGAUGCCAUCUGCAUUGUCGAUCCAGCGUUAGCCACGACAUCUGGUCUUGACAGUGGACAGACAACUACAGACGCUGGUGCUACGACCACAGAGGAAGCAGCAGCAGCGACAUCGUCAGCAGUUGCCUGUACUUCAGAUGAUGACUGCUUGGUUGACGUUGAUCUUUGUGUAGAUGGUCUACUCAAUCUAUGCGUUUGCGUAGAUGCUGUCUGCAUCCUUGAUCCAGCAUUAGCCACUACCACUGCCGAUGCUACAGUCACAGCGACAGAGCCAGCUCCAACAGAUACCACUGCAGUUGCUUGCACCACAGCCGAUGACUGCACUGUCAAUGUUGACCUCUGUAUCAUCGGAGGGCUCAACCUUUGUGUCUGCCUCAACGGAGUCUGCGUUGCUGAUCCAGACGGUCAGGAAACGACCGCUGCGAACCCUACUGCGACGAACACUGGUCCAGGAGCUACUUCUACCGCAGUAGCUUGCUCUACUGCUGACGAUUGUGCUGUCGAUGCGGAUCUGUGUCUCGACGGGUUGAUCAACCUUUGUGUCUGUCUCAAUGCCGUCUGCGUUAAUCCUGGGGGAGGCAACGAUCAGACAACUACGGAGACUGGCGCUGGCGGAGGACCUACUACAGCGCCAGUGGCUUGUUCUACAGCUGAUGACUGUCUUGCUGAUGCGGAUCUCUGCUUGGACGGUCUGCUGAACCUCUGUGUUUGCCUCAACGCUGUUUGCGUUGUAGCAAACCCUGGGGGUGAUCCAACAGAAACAACUGAUCUGCCGCCUGAGAACACAAGAACGCCAUGCGCCACCAACAGUGACUGCACAGCUAACGCUGCACUCUGUCUCGACGGUUUGAUCAACAUUUGCGUUUGCCUCGAAGGUUUAUGUAUCGCCAACCCUAUUGCGAAUCCCACGGAAACAACCGCUCCUGCGCCAACAGAAACUGCUACGACUUCCUGUAACACUGCCGACGACUGUGCCGCGAAUGCUGGUCUUUGCUUAGACGGUCUCCUCAAUCUUUGCGUCUGUGUCAAUGCCGUUUGUAUACGACCACCAGGCGGUGGCGGUAACAAUGGCGACCCCUGCACUGACGACACUGAUUGUACUGCUGCUGGAGCUGUAUGCCUCGACAGUGGUGUCUGUGGACCUGACCCAGGAAACACACCAACUUCUUGUACUACAGCAGACGACUGUACUGCCAAUGCGGCUCUCUGUCUGGAUGGUCUACUGAACCUCUGCGUUUGUCUUAAUGCUGUCUGUGUACAAGCUGGGAAUGGCGGCGGUGACGGUGAUACUUGUACAGUUGAUGCAGACUGUACUACAGCUGGGUCUAUCUGUCUUGACAGCGGCGUCUGUGGACCUGAUCCAGGCAACAACCCAACUUCAUGCACUACAGCAGACGACUGCACUGCCAACGCCGCUCUCUGUUUAGACGGUCUGUUGAAUCUCUGCGUUUGUCUCAAUGCUGUCUGUGUACAAGCCGGUAACAGCGGCGGGGACGGCGAUACCUGCACAGAUAAUACAGACUGUACUACGGUUGGGUCUGUCUGCCUUGAUAGCGGCGUCUGCGGGCCUGAUCCAGGGAAUAACCCAACUUCCUGUACCACUGCAGAUGAUUGUACGGCAAACGCUGGCCUUUGCCUCAACGGACUUCUCAACAUCUGUGUUUGUCUCAACGCGGUCUGUGUACAGGCCGGAGGUGGCGGCGGAGGUAAUACUGGCGAUGCGUGCACCGGUAACGCUGACUGCACCACUGCAGGAGAUGUAUGCACCAACGGCGUGUGUACCGCAGCAGGAGGCGGAGGCACAGAUGCUUGUGUUGACGCCAACGAUUGUCUCCUCUCAGUCAAUCCCCUUUGCGCUCUUGGUCUUUGUGUCUGCGUUGAUGCAGUCUGCGCCACAUCUCCCGACGUUGACGAGUGUACCUCCAACGCAGGUUGCAGUACUGGAGCUACUUGUCAAAAUGGCGUUUGUGUUGACAACACCGAUUGCACUGGUGCCGCAGAUUGUCUCGCUAAUCUUGAUCUUUGUGUUUUGCCGGGAGUUUGCGCUUGUGUCAAUGGUGUUUGUGGACUUGUUGGUAAUGGACCUGCGCCGGAGUGUGCUGCUGCUGCGGAUUGUCGAACUCUCCCAAGGUGUCGUCUAGGAUUAUGUCUCUGUGUGGCUGGACAAUGCGUUCUUGGGUAA